UCUUGGACCCGGGGGGCGGGGUUCUGCUGGAGAACGGUGCGGCGGGAACGGGCUCGGGAGCAGCUGCUGAUCUGGGCACAUGAGGCAAGGCCAGAAUUCACUGACUACCUGAAGUUGAAUGUGAACUUGGUCUACGCCAAUUUGGAGGGCGUUUCAGAGUUAAACAUGUGAGUGGGACUGGAGUCAUAGAAAGGCCUAACUUGGUACGCUUGAUCCCAGCUGAGAGGGAAGGAGCCAUGGGGAGCUGCCACUACAACCUGACCAUCCCCCUUUUCUACAAAUCAGCCGGCAAAGACUUGACUGACAGGUGGCGGACGAAGGACGUGCUGGUGGUUACCCUGGGCCUCUCGGUAUGUGUGAUAGUCAUACUGGCCAACACGCUGGUCAUUGCGGCCAUAGCCCUGAACCGCCGCUUCCACCAGCCCAUCUUCUACCUGCUGGCCAACCUGGCUGCCACGGACUUCUUCUCCGGCGUGGCCUACACGUACCUCAUGUUCCACACGGGCCCGCGCACCGCGGAGCUGACGGUGCACACCUGGUUCCUGCGGCAGGGGCUGAUCGACACCAGCCUGACGGCCUCUGUCGCCAACCUGCUGGCCGUCGCCGUGGAGCGCCACCAGACCGUCUUCCAGAUGCAGCUGCACAGCAACAUGAGCAACCAGCGCGUGACCUUCCUCAUCGUCUGCAUUUGGGUCACCGCCAUCCUGAUGGGGCUCAUUCCCCAGAUGGGCUGGAACUGCGUGUGCGACCUGGCCACCUGCUCGCGGAUGGCUCCCCUCUACAGCCGCAGCUACCUGGUCUUCUGGGCCAUCUCCAACCUGGUCAUCUUCUGUGUCAUGUUGCUGGUGUACAUGCGAAUCUUCUGUUACGUCCAGCACAAAGUGCAAAGGAUGUCCCAGCACACGUUCCACUCCAGGCACAAGGAGACCAUGAUGAACCUCAUGAAAACAGUCGUCAUCAUCCUGAGUGCGUUUGUCAUCUGCUGGACACCAGGGCUGGUGGUCUUGCUCUUGGACGGGGUGGACUGCAAGACAUGCAACGUGCUGAUGGUGGAGAAGUAUUUCCUGCUGCUGGCGGAGCUCAACUCCCUGUUCAACCCGCUGAUCUACUCGUUCCGGGACAACGAGAUGCGGCAGACCUUCAAACACAUCCUGUGCCUCCCCUGGCGCAGGGGCACCAGUUUCACCACCACCAGCAACCGGGCACAUAUCCUGAUGCAGAAGGUGCCCUCUCCGAACACGAACACUGACUUGCAGGGCGUGAACUCCUCGGUGUAGGCUGCACCGUCACGUCGGGAGGGCAGAGGUCAUUAAAGGUCAGGGAUGAUUGCACGUUGGGGAAGGGGUUCGGGGGCUCAGUGAUUGGUUACUGCUGAUACGAGGUAACUUCCUGCUGCCCUUGACUGAGGUGACACAAGUGGGUGGACCACGGGUGGAAUGGCUCUCCCUGUCUCACCAGCAAAGAGGGGGUCUGUCUGGAGAGUUCCCCACUGUCACCUGUGCCACUUAUUCCACUACCGCAGUCCCUGUCCUAGGCACUGGUUGUACGUCCGCAGUCCAUUACUAUGGAGACACCAUUGAAGUCCCGUGGUUGGAUCCCAGUGCCUUCAGUGUGAGGACAUGUACCCUUCGACCAGGCACCUAUUGCCUUCAGUGUGGCCCCAUACACUGUGCAUCAGUCACCUGAGGCCAGUGAUCGUGAGAUCUUACACCUAUCAUUGGCCCUUUCCCCAUUCCUAAUUCCCUCAAUCCCCCUCCUCCUGACCCUCUCCCAUGGCCCUCUCUCCUGCCCCUCUCCUCCCUGCCCCUCCCCCACACACCCUUCCCCCACCCUCUCUCCCCCUCUCCCCACCCCUUUCCCUCACUCCCCCCUCUCCCACGCCCAUCUCCCCAUCCCUCUCCGCUCUCUCCCUGCUCUCCCACACCCCUCUUCCCCCUCUCCCCGCCCCUAGCCCCUUCCCCAUUCCCCCUCCCCUCCUUCCCUUUUACCCCUCUCCCACUCCCUUCCUCACCCUGCCCCUUCCCAAUCCCCCUUCUCCUCCACCUGCCUUUCCCCGCUCCUUGCCCCUCUACCCCUCACCUCUGCCACUCUUUCCCUCUCCCCUUUCUCAACCCUUCGCCCCUUUCCUUGUCUCCCGCUCCCCUGCCCCCUGAUCCUCCCUCUCCCCCUCGCUUUCUCUGCCGACCCCUUCCCCAUCUAGCUGCCACCCCACCCCUCCCCCUCCACACCCACUCUGUGUCCUUUGAACCACCAGGGCAUCUGUAUUUUUUAAACCUGAGGGUAUUUUAGCUGAUGUACAGUUUGAUGUAUAAUUAUUGAGUUUUUAUUAAAGGAAGAAUACUUUGACCUGA